AUGGGGGUACCUUUAUUUGGGGAGAGCAAUCCCUUCUAUUCCCGGAUAUGGAAUGGACUAAGUCAGAAGCUGCAAGGCAAAAAAUCCUGGGAUAAACAUCUGGAUGAAAUCUACUUACUCCAGCAGAAAAGGAUCUGGGAAUCCCCACUCCUCCAGGCUGCCAAAGAGAACAACCUUGCUGCCAUUAGGAAACUUCUCACUGACGGAACAUGUGAUAUCUAUCAGAGAGGCGCAGUGGGAGAGACUGCCCUUCAUGUAGCUGCCAUGUAUGAUAACUUGGAGGCAGCAGUGGCUCUGAUGGAAGCAGCUCCUGAGCUUAUCAAUGAGAGGAUGACAUCAGAACUUUAUGAAGGACAGACUGCUCUCCACAUUGCAGCAGCCAACCAGAACACCACGCUGGUGAAGGCUUUGCUUAAGAGAGGAGCCAAUGCCAGCACGGCAAGGGCCACUGGACACUUCUUCAGGCGCAGCUCCCAGAACCUUUUCUAUUUUGGGGAACAUGUUUUAUCAUUUGCUGCCUGUGUGGGAAAUGAGGAAAUUGUACAGCUGCUCAUUGAAAAUGGAGCUGACAUUAGAGCUCAAGAUGCUCUGGGUAACACUGUUCUUCACAUCCUGGUUCUCCAACCUAAUAAGACGUUUGCCUGCCACAUGUACAGCCUGAUACUUUCCUAUGACAGGAACAAAGAGGGACCAGGGUCACUUGAACUGAUUCCUAACAAUGAGGGGCUUAGUCCAUUCAAACUGGCUGGAGUUGAGGGCAACACUGUGAUGUUUCAAUACCUUAUGCAGAAGCGGAAGCAGAAUCUCUGGUCCUUUGGCCCCUUGAGCACUGUGCUGUACGAUAUCACCGAGAUUGACUCCUGGGCUGAAGAUCAGUCCUUCCUUGAGCUCAUAGUAUCCACCAAGAAGAGAGAGGCACGCCAGAUCUUGGACCUAACACCUGUGAAGGAGCUGGUGAGCCUGAAGUGGAACAUGUAUGGUCGUCCCUAUUUCUGUUUCCUGGCCUUAUUCUAUAUCCUCUACAUGGUCUGCUUCACCAUGUGCUGCGUCUACCGGCCUCUGAAACCCCGCACAGGCAACAGAACCAGCAGCAGGGACAACACAGUCUAUGUCCAGAAAAUGCUCCAGGAAUCAUAUGUGGCAUAUGAGGAUGAGCUGAGGCUGGUGGGGGAGCUGAUCACAGUCAUUGGAGCUGUAGUAAUUUUGGUCCUUGAGAUUCCAGAUAUUCUUAGAGUUGGAGCAGCAAAAUACUUUGGACAAACAAUCCUAGGAGGGCCUUUCCACAUAAUUGUCAUCACAUAUGCUUGCAUGAUCCUGGUGACCAUGGUGAUGCGUCUCACCAGCACAACUGGGGAGGUGGUGCCCAUGUCCUUUGCCCUGGUGCUGGGAUGGUGCAACGUCAUGUACUUCGCUCGGGGCUUCCAGAUGCUCGGACCUUUCACCAUCAUGAUCCAGAAGAUGAUAUUUGGAGAUCUCAUGCGCUUUUGCUGGCUCAUGGCUGUGGUGAUAUUGGGCUUUGCAUCAGCUUUUUACAUCAUCUUUCAGACAGAGAACCCUGAAAACCUUGGGCAGUUCUACAACUAUCCCAUGUCCUUAUUCACCACUUUUGAGCUGUUCCUCACUAUCAUUGAUGGCCCUGCAAACUACGAUGUGGACCUGCCCUUUAUGUACAGCGUGGUGUACUUUGCUUUCGCCAUCAUUGCCACCCUCCUUAUGCUCAACUUGUUAAUUGCCAUGAUGGGUGACACCCACUGGAGAGUGGCCCAUGAGCAGGAUGAGCUCUGGAGAGCCCAGGUUGUUGCUACUACUGUCAUGUUGGAGCGGAAGCUGCCACGGUGCCUCUGGCCUCGCUCGGGAAUCUGUGGGCGGGACUUUGGGCUGGGGGACCGAUGGUAUCUCAGAAUUGAAGACAGGGUGGAUCCCAACAAACACAAGAUGAUGCGGUACACAGAGGCAUUUAAGGCUCAGGAUAGGGAUAACUAUGACAAAGGUUCAGAAAAGCUGGAAACCAAUGGGGACACCUUGUGCAAGAAGGAAAUGUCUGCUCUGUCACUGUCACGGAGCACAUCCAGAACUAGUUCUCACCGUGGCUGGGAGAUACUGAGGCGCAACACCUUCCGCCAGCUCUGUGGAGAGGUUGGUCCUGCUGUGGAUGAGGAGGUCUACGAUGUCUAA